UCUCUCUCUCUCACAACCAUGAAACAAAAAAAGUAAAGCAUGCCCGCUUCCUCAAUCAAAGAAUAUGCCACGACGUCGUGCAAGCCGUUAUUGAAUCCCACGUGGCUCAACCUUCGUAUACGUGUCCUCCUUCCUUUGCCUCCACGUGCUGCAUGUCCAGCUUAGCUCUCUCUGCUUCUAAACACAGCAAAAGCAAAAACAUAAACUAUUCUCUGUCUCUGUUCCUCCUUCUUUGUUGUUGUUGUUAUUGUGUUUGCUUUGAAUCAAAUCUCAAAUGGCGUGGACGCCUUUGAGAACAAAGAGUUUUGUGGUUAAAGAUGGAGAGAUCAUUGACAAUGGUGGUGGUGUUGGGUUAUUGUUUAAUUGGUGGGAUGAGAUUGAGGAGUCAGAACAAUGGCAAAGAGGCAUUUACUAUGCUUUAUGUGUAUCUUAUGCCUUGGUCUCCUUCAUUACCCUGGUACAACUAUUGCGCAUUCAAUUAAGAGUACCAGAAUAUGGGUGGACAACACAAAAGGUUUUCCACUUGAUGAAUUUUAUUGUGAAUGGAUUGAGGUCUGUCCUCUUUGGUCUCUAUAAAAGUGUGUUCCUUAUUAGACCCAAGGUACUACACAUGGUGCUAAUGGAACUUCCCACUCUUCUAUUCUUUUCAACUUACACAUUACUUGUUUUGUUCUGGGCCGAGAUUUAUCACCAGGCAAGAAGCCUACCGACUAAUAAGCUUAGGCCAGCUUAUUAUGUAAUAAAUGGACUUAUAUACAUCAUACAGGUGUGCAUCUGGAUAUUCAUAAGAUUAAGCAGAAGUCCUGUUGCAGUGGAAACAGCUAAACUCUUCUUUUCAGUUAUUUCAUUUUCUGUUGCUCUCGGAUUCUUGAUAUAUGGUGGGAGGCUAUUUGUCAUGCUAAGGCAUUUCCCGAUUGAGUCUAGAGGUCGUCAGAAAAAGCUAUAUGAGGUUGGCUUUGUCACAGGAAUUUGUUGUACUUGUUUCUUGAUAAGAUGCGUUAUGCUUGCUUUCUCAGCAUUUGACAAGGAUACAGAUUUUGAUAUUCUGGAUCAUCCCAUCCUGAACCUAAUAUAUUACCUGUUGGUAGAGAUUGUUCCAUCUGCUUUGGUGCUCUUCAUCUUGCGCAAGUUGCCCCCAAGGCGUGUCUCAGAUCAGUAUUACCCUAUCAGAUGAAAAGUGCCUAUUCGUUUUAGCAGGCAAGAUUGAGACAAACUUUUUUGGAAGGUUCUGUGGUCUACUUGAGCUAAUGUUUAGUUUAACAUGCAUGCUCAACACUAAACCUGCCUGCUUAGUUUAGAGCUAAUAUGAUGUCUCUUAAUUCUUUUUGUGGGAUUCAUUUUUACCAUGUAUGGCUGGGCUUUUGGGAACUGUUGGUGAUGUGGGAGAUGCAAGAAAAUUAUUAUUUAAUAUUAUUUAUGUUUGCAAGUCAAUUGUAUUUUUAUAUUUCAA